AUGCGACACUGCAUCAUGGUGCGCAUCCUCAGCGCCCUCGGCUUGGUCAUGUUCAGCGUGGCUUUGCUCAUCCUGUCUCUCAUCAGCUACGUGUCCAUAAAGAAGGACGCCAUCUUCACGGGCCCCAGAUACCCGAGCGGCGGUGGCGGCGGUCCGAGGAUGUACAUGUUCCACACGGGCUUCAGAUCCCAACUGGCAAUGAAGUUUCUGGACCCAGCAUUUACACCCCUGAACAAUGCCCUCAAUGAAAACCUCCGGGACAAUUCAUCCAAGUGGAAGUUUAAUAAGACGGGCUAUUUAGAGCAAAGUAAAGAGAUUGCCCAGUACAUCGAUGUGCCACGUAACUUUACCCUGACCAAGAGCAGCGUUCGUGUGGGUCAGCUGAUGCACUACGACUACUCCAGUCAUAAAUACGUCUUCUCCAUCGGCGAGAACUUCCGUUCCCUCUUGCCUGACUCGUCGCCCAUCCUUAACAAGCGCUACAACACGUGCGCCUUGGUGGGAAACAGCGGCAUCCUGACAGGCAGCCGGUGUGGUGCCGUCAUCGACGCGUACGACUUCGUCUUCCGCUGCAACUUUGCACCCACCGAGGUCUUCCGCAGGGACGUGGGCCGUCGCACAAACCUCACGACCUUUAAUCCCAGCAUUCUGGAGAAGUACUAUAACAACCUGCUCACCAUCCAAGACCGAAAUAACUUCUUCCUGAGCUUGAAGAAGCUGGACGGAGCCAUCCUGUGGAUUCCAGCGUUUUUCUUCCACACCUCGGCCACAGUCACGCGCACUUUGGUGGACUUCUUUGUGGAGCACCGGGGGCAGCUGAGGGUGCAGCUCGCCUGGCCUGGGAACAUCAUGCAGUAUGUCAACAGAUACUGGAAGACGAAGCAGCUGUCCCCGAAGCGCCUGAGCACAGGGAUCCUGAUGUUCACUCUGGCCUCGUCCCUGUGUGAGCAGAUUCACCUGUACGGCUUCUGGCCUUUUGGCUGGGACCCGAAUACAGGCAAGGAGCUGCCCUACCACUACUAUGACAAGAAAGGCACCAAGUUCACCACCAAGUGGCAGGAGUCGCACCAGCUGCCUACCGAGUUCAAGCUCCUGUUCAAGAUGCACACGGAGGGCAUCCUCAAGCUGGGUCUCUCACACUGCGCAUAG